AUGAAGAUAGAUGUCCUAGGACUGGGAAACCAGGAGGCAUAUUCAGAGCAAUACCCCAAUAUCACUCUGCCACCGACGAACUUAAGACAAGUUUUCGGUAGCUGCUACUCCACCAAACCGCUGGAUAGUUGCGAGAGUGACCCGGAACGCAGCCACCAAUACUGGUUGGGUCAUUGAAAACGACGUCUGCCGGCAUAUCGAUAACAUCAACCCCUCCAUCGACCUGAUAACCGACGUAUCUCAGUAUAUCCGCACGCCUGAGAAAUUGGCAGACGAGCGUAUUAUUGACCUUCAAGGAGAGUAUUUCCUAGGGGAGCAGAGGAACUUAAAAGACUGGGCUGAAAGAACCAAUUCUUCCACCAUCGUUCGUAUCAAGCCACUCAAGGCCAACAGUGCAGGCAACAUCUUGUUCGCAGACUACCAGCCUCAUAACCCCAAUAUGUUCAGUUUCCACGAUCCCUCGGACGACAUACCUGCCGGUCCGGAGAUCGGAUACUCGGUGAUUGGAUAG